AUCCAUAUGGAGCGACCCGGGGACUGACUCCAUCUCAGCCGUUAAACAGUCCACGAUUUGGAUCCAAUCAUCAACCCUUAAAUCCACGGUGGACACCACAUCGGCGCUCUCUUCCUCUCUCUGCAAAUCAUCGGGACAACGACACAGAUGACACGUUUGUUUAAUUGCAAAGUUGUUUGAAUUCCAGUUUGGAGUUAGAUAAGGAGCGGGAUUCUAGCCGUUGUGAAGCUGAGUUGACUCACUGGUCGUAUUCACCGUGUUGGAGCUCCUUGUCUAUUAGCGAAUGAUUGGAAGUGGAUACUAGCAAAUUUAGAAGUAAGUUUAAUUUGAAUCAUGAGUGGCAGUGAUGUGGAUAAAACUCCUAAAGAGGGGAAAGAACCAAAGGAGCCAAAAACCCCUUCUGCACAGGAACAGGCAUCUUCUGCAUCUGGUGCAGUUCCGGCAGAUUGGUCUGGGUUUCAGACAUAUUCUCCUUUGCCUCCACAUGGGUUCUUAGCAUCGAGUCCACAGGCACACCCCUACAUGUGGGGAGUUCAGCAAUUCAUUCCACCAUAUGGCACUCCACCACAUCCAUAUGUCGCCAUGUAUCCCCCUGGGGGUAUAUACGGCCAUCCAACUAUGGCUCCGGGAUCUUAUCCUUUUAGUCCUUUUGCCAUGCCUUCUCCUAAUGGUAUUGUUGAAGCCCCAUGCAAUGUUCCAGGAAACGUGGAGGUAGAUGGAAAGUCGUCUGAGGGAAAGGGGAAACUGCCCAUCAAAAGAUCCAAGGGAAGUUUGGGAAGUUUAAAUAUGAUUACAGCGAAGAAUGAUGAACCUGGCAAAGCAUCAGGUGCCACAGCAAAUGGUGUGCACCCUAAAAGUGCUGGGACUGCAAGUGAAGGUUCUAGUGAAGGAAGUGAUGAAAAUUCUCAAAAUGAAUCUCAAGAGAAGUCUAGCGGCUGGCCAGAUUCCGCUGAACCACCUCAGAGUGGUGGUGCACCUAAUAAUUCUCAAAAUGGUACAUCUCAUGCAAUGGCAAAUCAAGCUGUGGCUAUGGUGCCAAUGCCAGCACCAGCAGUGGGAGCUGUUAGUGGUGUUCCAGGCCCCACUACCAACUUAAAUAUUGGAAUGGAUUACUGGGGUGCUGGUCAGUCAUCUGCUAUGCCCGCAAUGCGAGGAAAGGUCCCUGCUACUCCGGCAGCUGGAGGAAUUGGCGCUACAGGAUCACGAGACAACAUGCAAUCACAACUUUGGAUUCAGGAUGAAAGGGAGCUAAAAAAACAGAGAAGAAAGCAGUCAAACCGGGAAUCUGCUCGUAGAUCUAGACUGCGCAAGCAGGCGGAAUGCGAUGAACUGGCCCAGCGUACUGAAGCUUUAAACGAGGAAAAUGCAACACUUAAGGCUGAAGUGUCACGUAUGAAAAGCAAGAAUGAGCAACUUGCUGCUCAGAAUGCAUCUUUAAAGGAGAGACUUGGCGAAGUUAGUGGCGAGGAAGAUCCUAGGUGCAGUAGGGACGAGCAACGGGCAAGCAACAACGAUGCCUAGUAGUCUCUGGCCCCCAAUUUUACUGGUGUUGUUGCUGAAUUAGCUUGAUCUAACUUUCCAUGACAGGGAAGCUGAUAUUACGUAGUAUGUAGCUAAUAUUCGUCAACGUGACCGUUUUAAUUUGGACGUCAUCGGUCAUUCUCGCCGUGGCCAGUGUUUUGUGGCCAGGGAAGACAGGUGGUGCGUAGAGCAGAGCUCGUAUAUAUGCUUUACCCCCAAUUCUGUGAAAAAGGGGUGUAUUCUUAUUAAUUUGUUUGUUGCUCACAAAUGGUUGGAUGGGAAAAGGCUAAUUUGGAGAAUAA